AUGGACAGAGGAGCAGCAAGAAGUAAGAAACGAGCUUUGAAAGCUCAAGCUCAAGCUCAAGUGCAGGCUCCCGCACAACCACAACCUCGACCACAAGCGGGACCUUCCAAUUCCAAACCUCGCCCUCAAGGUUCUCAAGCUGAACUUCCAGGCCAACCUACAUUACCGAAAUCCAACCAUAAGAAGCGCGAUAGACACUUGAGAGAAGAACAAUCGAAGGAUCCCAGCUUAUACGUCCCAAAGGCGAUACGUACUUCCUCAGCGUUGAUUUACUCCAAGGAACCAUUCGACUUACCGCCCUCUCUUGAAAGAUUAGCGAAUGUGACGAGGAUCGAUCUGGCUGGUAGUGGGGUGAAGGAUGUCAGCUGGCUUAAAGAUGCUAAGGGAGUGACUUGGUUGAGUUUGAAUGGAUGUCAGGUUGAGUCAGGAUGGAAACAAGUAGGGGAAUUGGACAAGUUGACCGUUUUAAACAUAAACGGAUGUGGAUUAAGUGAAUUACCUUCGAGUCUUGUUGGAUUAAAGGGUUUGAAAGCUCUGGUAGCUAUGAACAAUGAUUGGAAGGAAUUGAACGAGGAAGUUUUGAAAGGAUGGAAAGAGUUGAAUUCGUUCAUUAUAUCCCACUCGCCCAAUCUUAUCUCCCUCCCCACGACACUUUCGUCAUUAUAUCACCUAUCGAAACUUACAUUCUCCCAUUGUCCCAAACUUACUUCUGAUUCCUUACCUGACCUGAGUCCAUUACCUCUACUUCGAGAUGCGAAGAUGAACAAUCUUCCUCUUCUGAAUCAACUCCCUUCACACAUCGUCGAUUGGGGUAAAGGGAAUUUAGACAAGGUAGGUAAAGGUAAAAAAGAAGAUGAAUUUGGAGAUGGAUUGGAAGUUUUGGAUUUAGGUAAUUGUUCAUUAUCUUUCGAAUCGAUCAAAACCAUUUUCAACCUUGGUCCAAGCACAAGCUCAAGUGGUACAAAGGGGAAAAAUCGAUGGAAUCAUCUCAGAUCAUUGUCUUUACAUUCCAAUCCCCUUACGACGACUCAUCCGAACUAUGUCGAGAUGUUACAGAAUAAAUCAGGGGUGUUACCCAAUUUGCAGAUCAUAGAUGCGAAAAGGGUAAUAGAGAGGAAGAGGAAAGGUGAAAUAUCAGAAAAGAAAAGAAAACACAACAAGGAAAAGGAAAGGAACGUUAGACCUUCUGGAUCGAAUGUUACGAUUAUGAGUGGUGAAAUGAGGAAAUGGGGAAGUGGUAAACAGGAUGAAGAAGAGUCGAAUGAUGCCAUUGAAGCUGAAGGUGAAGGUGAGAUUGUCGAUAAGAAGAAUACAAAAGAUAAACCAUCGGAGAAGCGAGAUAAGGAUAAGAAAGGGUCGAAGAAGAGGAAACAUAAUGAUCAAGCGCCUGUCGAACGAACAGAAGGAGAAGAAGUUAGGAAUAAGAAACAGAAACGUACUCGAAUACCUUCACCUGCUCCAGCUCAAGAAAAGGUCAAAGUCAAAGAUAUAACGGAUUCUUCUAGAAUUCCCCAAACUCAAAAUCAAAUCAACACUGAUAAGGACAAUGAUGAGAAGAAUAAGAAUAAGGAGAAAUCGAAUAAACAGCGUGACGCGGUAGUAGGUUUGAUAGAGAUCAACGCGAAAGGUGAGGCAGUACAGUUAGAUUCGAAGAAGAAGAAAAAGAUGAAAGCGAAGUUGAAGAAGGACGGUGAAGAUGGUGGUAGAGGUAAAGGUGUUGAUCUGAGAGAGGUAUUUGGGAAGAGUAAGAAUGUUACUGGGCGAGAUACAGAGGAUGGGGAGAAGAAGGAUGGAGGGGAAGGGGAAGAUAAUGGAUGGGGUUCGGGAUUAGGUGUAGGUGGAUGGUAG